GCUCGAUGACUUCACGGAGCUCCUUAAAUCGCCCGCCAAAAUAAUCACAUGAUUUUUACGAAGUAGUUAACGGUAUUGGUGACAGAUGGUACUUUUGGACGAGGGACAGAUCCAGUGAUACGACGACUAUCUAGAAAAUCGCACGUCGAUGGCGGGUCGUGCGAAACAUGGCGUCCGCGAGGUUAUUACUAUGAGUGCUGCUCCGUUUUCUAUUGUGUGGCAUUGUCGCGCGUACUGCGGACUGACGCGUAGCGUCGUGUCCACGGGACCGACGAGCGCGCCCGCUUGAAUCCCUGCGCGACCUCGAGGUCGGCUGCCCAGUGGGAACGACCCCGCGGCCGAGCGAGGACCGAGAGACACGGCCCCCCCGUCAACACAUAAGAGUGGGCUUGUAGGUAUACACACCCUGACGCCUGAUACCUGCCUUGAGACGAAUUCGCAUUUCACACCGAGCGAGCGUCUCCGUCGCGACUCCGGUCACCUUCUGCGCACCUGGCCGGAUUCCGUUUCGCGACCCGAUCGCCAGGCCAGCAACCGACCCCCCAGGAGAGAGAGAGGAGGGCGCACGGGGCCCCCGUGCGCCGCCGCACGCGGACACGCGCCUCAGAAUGCCGGUCCCCCCGUGAUGAGAUCGUUUCUGUGCACGGGGUGGUAGCAAGCGGGAUUCUCUUCCUUUUUCUUCUCGCCUUCUUUUGCCCCGCGCCCGCCGUCGCGAAAACACUUUUCCGAUCUCCGAUGGACAGCGGCGCGGUGACAGUAACGACGCGGCGUUAUCCGAUCUCAAGUAUCCGUACAAGGUACUUACAGCUGACUGUGGGGAAUAUCCGUGGCGUCGUGGGUCCGGUGUGAGCGCCGUGCGAUGAUGUUCCGGAUCGCUGAGCCGCGCGUUGUCGAGGAUGCGUCUCGUGGCGAAACGAUAACACCGCGACAGUUCUGAUGUGUUCUUACACUCGUCUGCAAAAAGCAGUAAACAGAGCGUGUGAGAGAGAAAGAGAAAUUGUGCUUUUGUAUCCUUCAUGAACAAGCUGGUGUGAACAUAGUGACAAGGUGUCGUCACGCGUGGGGCGGGAAGGAAAGGGUGUGAUUUACGGCUACUAGAAGAGCGGAGUAAGGAGAGUGCUGAGCCAUAUGCCGCCAGCCGGGCUAUCGGCGAGAGGCUUGUCUACCUUGAUGGACCACGGACAACCGGACGCUCGUCAUCGGAGCGAGCGUUUCCUACUCUAUCCAGAGAAUGGCUCCUCACAUCCCAACACGGCCAAUUCAUCGCCACGGUAUCAGCACAAUAGCAGAACCAAUAAUCAUACUAGUUACGGGUACGGACUAUAUGGACGUACAUCUAGCAACAAUAUGUCUGAUAGCAGCGUUUCCGAUACGCAUAGUGGCGGAACUGCGAGAACAGUCUCUCAACAGACUAGUCCAUCCCACGGCACACAUUCCUCUUCCCAGUCGCGACAGGACAAUAGCACCACUAUCUUCACAGCACUCUUUGAUUAUGUUGCUCAGGGCGAAGAUGAGUUAUCAUUGCAAAGAGGAGAGACUGUGGAGGUUUUAUCUAAGGACGCGAAGAUCUCGGGCGACGAGGGAUGGUGGACUGGCAAAAUUCACGGGAAAGUGGGAAUCUUUCCGGCGAAUUUUGUCGCAGAGACAGAAAGUAUCGAUGAGGUGUCGUCGGUGAUCGAUAAAGUCCACCCUGUUGAAAUCGACUUUGAGGAGUUGCAAUUGGAAGAAGUUAUAGGAGUUGGAGGAUUCGGGAAAGUGUACAGGGGCUUUUGGAACAAACACGAGGUAGCCGUGAAAGCCGCGCGCCAAGAUGCAGGCGAGGAACCCAGUGUAACGUUAGAAAAUGUGCGGCAGGAGGCGAAACUGUUCUGGUUGUUGAAACACGAUAAUAUUGUGCAGUUAGAGGGAGUGUGUUUAAAAAUGCCCAAUAUGUGUCUCGUGAUGGAAUACGCUCGCGGCGGUAGUCUUAAUAGAGUCCUUAGCGGCAGAAAAAUAAGGCCCGACGUGUUAGUCGAUUGGGCGAUACAGAUCGCGAGGGGAAUGGAUUAUCUCCACAACAAAGCUCCCAUAAGUCUCAUCCAUAGGGAUCUAAAAAGUUCCAACGUGCUACUAAGCGAGCCGAUUGAGAACGACGACUUCGAAUACAAAACUCUGAAGAUCACGGACUUCGGAUUGGCCAGGGAAGUCUACAAAACAACUCGUAUGUCAGCAGCGGGUACAUACGCCUGGAUGGCGCCAGAAGUCAUUAAGAAGAGCACCUUCAGCAAAGCCAGUGAUGUAUGGAGCUACGGCGUAUUGCUGUGGGAACUUCUGACGGGCGAGACACCAUACAAGGGUAUCGAUGCUCUAGCUGUAGCGUACGGUGUUGCGGUCAACAAGUUGACCCUACCUAUACCAUCUACUUGUCCACAACCUUGGCGGGUCCUCAUGGAAGAGUGCUGGGCAUCGGACAGCCAUGCUCGACCUGGAUUCACGGACAUUUUAAUAGCUUUGGACGAGGUGCGUAACGCAUUCGCGGCAACACCACACGAGUCUUUUCACACGAUGCAGGAAGAUUGGAGGCUGGAGAUCGAACAAGUUCUGCACGGAUUGCGCAUGAAGGAAAAGGAGUUGCGCUGUAGAGAAGAGGAACUAACGAAGGCCCAGGUGCAACAGAGACAGCACGAAGAAAAUUUAAGGCAACGGGAACAGGAGUUGGCCGCGCGUGAAAUAGAUCUCUUGGAGAGAGAACUCACCGUAAUGAUAAUUCAACAGCAAAACACGCCCACGCCGAACAAGAGGCGUGGCAAAUUUAAGAAAUCGCGGUUAAAGUUCAACAAGAAGGAACCCGGGAGCAAUAUUAGCGCACCUUCGGAUUUUCGCCACACAAUUACCGUUCAGCACGCGGCGUUAGAUCGAGGCAAGGCGAGGAACCCGUCGAGACCCAACAGUCCACCAGGUUCGCCUAGCAUUCCGAGACUCAGAGCGAUUGCAUUACCAGCGGACGGAGUUAAGGGUAAGACUUGGGGACCGUCGACGCUACAUCAACGUGAGCGCGGGGCUAUUAUCACGCAACCGCCGAAUCCCGCCUCGCCUGGCGGCAAACGCUGGUCCCGUUCUGCGCCAGAUCUCGAAAAGACACCUCUGCGUACAGCCCUGUUGGCGAGCGCACACCGCUCCCCGCUUCUGCAGGAAAUAGAUUAUACAGCAUUACCGCCUGAUCUGUCGACCGACUGGAUCACAUCGGAUUACCCUCUGAAGCCCGGGCUGAACGGGCCGAUCAUCAUGCCGAUGCCGGUUCCCAUGCCCACCCUGUACAACGGCGAGACGAAGAAACCAAAGCUAAGCAUAAUCGAGCUGGUCCUGUACAACAUCGCGGCGAUGCUGGCCGGCGUGGCGACCGGCUACGACGUGAGAAUGUCCAACAUAUCCCCGAUCCAUCCGCGACUGUAUCCCAGGAUGGGCGAGUGCGACGACGAGCAGCCGAAAUGGUGGUGGUUGCAGGGGGACACCGGGUCGAACCGGAACUCCUACCUCGGCGCCGAUUACGAGUUCAGCUCGAGCAGCGGCUAUGCGCACAACACUUAUCACGGACGGGCACACCAUUACAGGCCGUUCCUGAGCAACAUGGGUGGCAUAGCGCCUGGCCUUCCAUCCGCGGCGAUGCCGGACAAGCCGCUGCGCUUCACCGAUUCCCCGCAGCAUUACACGAGUAAUACGAUCGGCUCGAACGCACCGACGCCGAGCCCGAGGAGGAAGAGCAGCAGCACCAGCAACGAAGACGCGUAUUCGCACGACGCAGCCCGCAUCGAUCGGAUGGAGAGGGUGCCGACGAUAUACAUGGGCAACGUCGCCCCGUUUCCGGAUUACGGGCCGCCGGUGUACACCGUCGUUCCGCCGGAAUACUUUCGGCCCCCGGAACCGACGUACUUCGUACCUACGGAGUAUCACGACCGGAUGCUCGAGUGCCCCGAGUUCCCGCACGCGUACGACAAUCCGAGCAGCAUGAACAGCCCGGCCAGGCCGGUGUCCAGGCUCCUGCCUUACACGCAUCACCGCACUUCGUCGAACGUCUCGAACGCCAGCACGUCCAGCCAGAGCAACGUGAAUCCCACGUUCCGGCUGGAGGACGAGGACGACUACGUGUACUCGCCGGUGUCGUAUUACCAGCGACCGUCCAACGUCAUCUCAAACUUGGCGUCGGCGUACGGCACCGGGAUACUCAAUCACGAGUACGGCUCGCCGCUGCUGACCCGCCAGAACUCCCACGACUCCAACUCCGGCGAGCGGUCGACGAGCAACCUCGAGAUGGUGACGCGGCUGCGCUCGAGCCUCAAGCGGUCCAGCUACAAUCCGUACAACUCGCCGAGCAAGAGCGUGAGCAAGAACAACUCCGGCUCGGGCACGCCGACGAAUCCGACACCACCGGACUCGCUCACGUCCGAAGAUUCGAGCUACGUCUCCGCCAAGGACAGCCAGAUCUCUAUCGGCCGCGUGCGUUUCUCGCCGGUGACGUUCGAUCGCGACGGUGUGCCGACGCGCGACGUGCAUCGCGAGACGCUGCUGGACAUCCCGGUGCACGGCCAGAGCCAGGAUAUCACGGUGCCGCUGCAGGCGAAUCGGCGCCUCAACCGAAACAGGAAGGCGAGCAUCUCGGAGCUCGAGCGGGAAUUCUUGUCAUAGCACUGGCUUAUUUAAGAUCGCGCGGCUCUCACACCGACCGGACCGAAAAGGUUCGUCGACACUUUGUCUAUUUCAAUGCAUAUUUUCAAGCGAAUCGCGUUCGCCGCGAGAUCCGAUCUCACAAUCGGCAGAGGGAGGGUUUCACGUUCGCGAAAACGAAUUUGCACAUUGUCGAAGCACUGCCUACCGCGGACGACUCUCUCUAAUCAGUAGAAGCAGUACUCUAACGAGGGAACUAACAUUCCAUUGUAACACACAAUCCAGCGAGAUUCGCGUAGCGUAAUGCGUCGGUCAUAGGUGAUUUUUAAUUUGAUAACGGCAUUUGAUAUACAUGUGGAGGUGUUUCCACGUGAAAUAUUUCGUGCAAUGAUGCGAUUCUGCGUGGUGUACAUUCAAAUUGCAUAAUAUUAUUCGAGGAAUAAGUAUAGCGCGAGUGUAGCGUUGCAGCUCUAAUUAUUAAUGACAGAUUCUUCGACCAAAUGUGGUAUCGAUGUGAAGUAUCAAAUUUUCACAAAGGAUUCUGCAAUUAAUAGUUGACGCAAUGAUAAUUAGAUGGAAGAAUAUUGGAUACCGCGCAUGCCAAUAUUCUUUUGUCAACAAUUGGUAUAAUAUGUAUUGUUGAAUGGUAAGCUGAUUAUCAUUCGAAAUUAUUGUUCGACGCUUUGGCAGACUGGCGUUCUUUUUUGUGAUUUAUUGAAACAUUCCAGAAACGUUAUUGCUCGAUAUUUACAAUCAGCAUUUUGACGGUAUGUUUAAAGAUGAAAGUGUGAUAUUUGAUUUCGUGGAAGAGAAUCAUCAAUGUGUAUGCAAUUCCAUUAAGUUAGAUUAAAGGGAAAAACGAAGCUGCCAAUCUUUUUUUUCGACUAUCGCGAUGAUAUUCGCUAAUUCGCUUUUGAUAUUCAGUAUCGUUUCAGCGAAACGGAAGUUGUGAAUUUUCGUACUUUGUACAUGUACGAAGUCGGUUUUACAAAGCUUCGGUGAUAUUCGACUCGAUAAGAUGUGAAACAUUCCAGAGAGAUUUGUCAUGUUUUAUUAAUUUAAAAUUUUUCUCGAUCUUAAAUUAAUAUGAACAAAAUAUGCUUUUCUCAGUGUUUGCAAAUAAAACCUGAGAAAACUUUUUUACAAUGGCAAAUAACAAUUCUGCAUUGUUUAGUCGAUCAGAAUGGGAAUAUUUCUUUGCGUAUUUUCGCCAGAUAAUGUAUCGUGAGUUUUAACAGCGUGUACCGAAGGUUUUACCCCUUAAUUUUCCUACUAAAGAGUAUCGCGGCUUGUCUCAUGGAAAACCGUGCAGAUUUUUCGCGCGUUUUUUGUGCAACUCGUGUUAAUUAUAAUGUCGCGCAUCAACAGCUCGGUUAUUGUACAUUGAUAGAAACGUACGAUUGUUAGAUGGAUAAUCGAUAGUUCGAGCUGUAAUGAUCAAUCCCUAUUUGUAAUCUAAUUUUACGUACUUUACGCAAUUACGGACAGCUGCAAAGUAUUAGUUGUAGUCUUAUGUACUCGUCGCGCUGAACUUUCCGCGAUUGUGUAUUAAUCUGAAGUAUUUUCGACAUAAUCUCUCUUUUUAAUCGCAAUCAGUGUAACUAGUCAUUUAUAAUCGUAUUUGAAGUUGUACCAUUGUUAUUUUCGUAGCGGCGCAAGUCCGUUUUCCUUCGUUCCAGAAUCAAAUUAGAUCAAGUUUCACGGCGCGAGCAUUUUUUUCAUUUUUUCAACGUUGACUGUCAGCAAUAUUAAAAUUUUUUUUUUCAUGUUUUGAACCGUA